CGUUCCCGGAAGCGCGCCGAGCUCCAGCCCGGCCUGGCAGUGCGCGGGCUGCGAUCUGCAUUUGCAGAACUGAGGAUGCUGUGGUGCUCUUUCCAUGAGCUGGUCACCAAGUCUGUCUAUUGCAGGCCUUCCUGAUCCUCUGGCUGUAUGGAGACUCCACUGUGCUGCUUACCAAGUGUGGUUCCAGUAGGCCCCAUGGUGGGUCUGAUGCUGUGGUGAGAGGAGCUGAAUAACAGGAAAGAACCUCAGCCUUGGCAUCAGACAGUUCUGGAUUCAGAUCCCACCUCCCUCCAGCUGUGCCUGUGUCCUGAUCUGUGGCGUCCUACUUUCUCGGUUAUAAGGGUAUAACGCGGUGACAGCAGGAAAGCCCUGGAAGUGGAGCCUGGUGUGCACAAAGGAUGAAGUGUGUGUUGGUGGCCACUGAGGGUGCAGAGGUCCUCUUCUAUUGGACAGACAAGGAGUUCGAAGAGAGUCUCCAGCUGAAGUUUGGGCAGUCAGAAAAUGAGGAGGAAGAGCUCCCCGCCCUGGAGGACCAGCUCAGCACCCUCCUUGCCCCGGUUGUCAUCUCUUCCAUGACAAUGCUGGAGAAGCUCUCAGACACAUACACCUGCUUCUCAACAGAAAAUGACAACCACCUAUAUGUCCUUCAUCUGUUUGGAGAGUGUCUGUUCAUCGCCAUCAAUGGAGACCACACGGAGAGUGAGGGGGACCUUCGCCGGAAGCUGUGUGUGCUCAAGUACCUAUUCGAGGUGCACUUUGGCCUGGUGACCGUGGACAGCCAGCUCAUCCGAAAGGAGCUGCGGCCCCCAGACCUGGAGCAGCGUGUCCGGGUGUGGGAACACUUCCAGAGCCUGCUGUGGACCUACAGCCGCCUACGUGAGCAGGAGCAGUGUUUCGCUGUGGAGGCUCUGGAACGGCUGAUUCACCCCCAGCUCUGUGAGCUGUGCAUCGAGGUGCUGGAGCGGCACGUUGUCCAGGCUAUCAAUGCCAGCCCCGAGCGGAGUGGCGAGGAGGCUCUGCAUGCCUUCCUGCUUGUGCACUCCAAGCUGCUGGCCUUCUACUCCAGCCACAGCGCCAGCACUGUGCGCCCAGCAGACCUGCUCACCCUCAUCCUCCUGGUUCAGGACCUCUACCCCAGCGAGAGCACAGCGGAGGACGAGGCUCAGCCUUCCCCUCGCAGGCCUCAGGGUAGCCACAACAUCCCCAUGCAGCAACCCUGGAGCCCUCAGCCCCCAGGCUCGUCCCAGGGCAGUUCUGCGGAGACGGAGACAGACAGCUUCUCCCUGCCCGAGGAGUACUUCACACCAGCCCCUUCCCCUGGCCAGCAGAGCUCAGGUAGCACCAUCUGGCUGGAAGCGGGUACUCCGCCCACUGACACAUCCCAGAUAUCGGAGGACACCCUCCAAGCUCUAGUGCUGCCUCCUGCUCCUCCUAGCCCCAGACGGAUCUUCCUGGAUGCCAGCAUGAAGGACAGCUACUGCCCCCUGGUGCCGCACACCAUGUACUGCCUGCCCCUGUGGCCGGGCAUCAACAUGGUGCUCCUGACCCGGAGCCCCAGCACGCCCCUGGCGCUGACCCUGUACCAGCUACUAGACGGUUUCUCCCUGCUGGAGAAGAAGCUAAAGGAGGGCCCAGAGGCUGGGGGCACCCUAAGGUCCCUGCCUCUCCUAGGAGACCUACGCCAGAGGAUGGACAAGUUUGUCAAGAAUCGCAGUGGACAGGAGAUUCAGAGUACCUGGCUGGAAUUUAAGACCAAGGCCUUCUCUAAAAGUGAGCCAGGAUCCUCCUGGGAGCUGCUCCAGGCAUGUGGGAAGGUGAAGCGGCAGCUGUGCGCCAUCUACCGUCUGAGCUUCCUGACCAUGGCCCCAGGCCGGGGAGGCCCAUACCUGCCCCAGCACCUGCAGGACCAAGCCCAGAAGCUCAUGCAGGAGAAGCUACUGGACUGGAAGGACUUCCUGUUGGUGAAGAGUAGGCGGAACGUCACCAUGGUGUCCUACCUGGAAGACUUCCCAGGCUUGGUGCACUUCAUCUACGUAGACCGCACAACUGGGCAGAUGGUGGCUCCGUCCCUUAGCAGCAGUGAAAAGACUUCAUCAGAGUUGGGCAAGGGGCCCCUGGCUGCCUUCAUCAAAACCAAGGUGUGGUCCCUGAUCCGGCUGGCACGCAGGUACCUGCAGAAGGGCUAUACCACGCUGUUGUUCCAAGAGGGUGACUUCUAUUGCUCCUACUUCCUGUGGUUCGAGAAUGACAUGGGGUAUAAGCUCCAGAUAAUCGAGGUGCCUGUCCUCUCUGAUGACUCAGUGCCCAUCGGCAUGCUGGGAGGAGACUACUACAGAAAGCUCCUGCGCUACUACAGCAAGAGCCGCCCAGGCGAGGCGGUCAGGUGCUAUGAGCUGCUGGCCCUGCACCUGUCAGUCAUCCCCACGGACCUGCUUGUGCAGCAGGCCAGCCAGCUGGCCCGGCGCCUCUGGGAAGCCUCCCGCAUCCCGCUGCUCUAGGCCAGGGUGUCUGCCAGGGCACCUCAUUCCCUACCCACUUGCCAACAUUGCCCAUGGCAAGAGCCUCCUCCUGAGGAUGGGCAGAGCCCUCAGGCAGCCCAGGCCUCCUGAACUCCACCAAGACCGCCCUCCAUGUGGGAUUCUGAGCCCCUCAAUCCUUCCCUCCGGAGGGAGAGGGAGGCCAAGGGUUCUCAGAACUGCGGUGGCUGUCAGCUUAGAGCUGGCAAGGGCUCCUUUGCCAGAGCUUCUCCCCGCCCCCCUCCCCAGGGCCUAUGGCUGUCUGAAGAAAUCCCUUUCUGCUGUCAUCUGAGUGGGGGAAGCUCACUGGGCAAGCCAUUUCCUACCCUAGGUCAAAGGUAUUCCUUUCGCUGGUAUGAAUUCCAGCUCUGCCACCUUCUCUCUGUGGCCCUGGCAAGUUUCUCAGACUCUAACCCUCUUCCUCACAUGUAGAGUGGUAACACCUUCCUCUCAGGGUGGGUCUGAGGAUCGCUGAACACAUGGCAGGUGCUCAAUAAAUGGUGGUUAUUGUUGUCAUUCAAA